AUGCCUCCAAAGCAGAAGUCCAGACCAAAAGGUAGUGCGCCUGCAAAUCGAACAUACAAAGCAGUCGAACCAUUAUAUCAAACUACAUUUCCAGAAACGAAGAAGCGUGUAACUAGGAACUAUGGCAAGAAAUCUAAGCUGAAGCUCGAGGAUCAGGACACACUUACGCAGAUGGAUUGGAUAAAAAUGCAUGAAAGAGAAGAACUGGAAAAACAAAUGGAGGAUGAUAUUGAGGAUAGUGAAGGAGAUUAUAUGCAAGAAGAAUCGAAACGAAGAACGAAACGACGGAGGACUAUGGGCGAUGAACAGGAGGCAAAGAAGAAGAAAGGAUCGAAAAACAGACGGAAGACUCUAGGAGAGGAAGGCAAGACACCAAGUUUCUCGACGCAGACGAUUACCCAGCUUGAUUAUUGGCCACUUUCCGGAGCACGAGAACCAGAAGAACCAGAAGACGAUCCAUCAAUCUAUGAUGUCCCAGUAUCCAGCUCUCCAGCAUUUCAACCACUUCGACGAAGUCCGCGAAAGUUUUCCAAACCUGUUACUUCUGAUCCAGCUCAGUUAAUGCCUCCACCACAAACGCCAAGACAUAGGAAGAUUCUUGAAAUUCCAUCAUCACAAUCACCGGCUACUCCAACGUCAAGUCAAUUUGGAGGUUCCUCACGGAAGCGGUCGCCACUCAAAGAGCAAUCUAUAAAUGUCAUAGUACCCUUCUCCCUACGAUCAAAUACAAUCACGAGUGCCGAAAAGAUACCAAAAUUGAAAAUUGAGGAUACUUUUGAGACUGGGACAGAUGAAAGUCAAGUUCUUCGAACCCCCUCAAAGCAUUCGAGUCCGGCCAAAACGGUACGCUUUGCUAUACCAGAUUCUAGUCAGGAAUCUUUUGCGGAGGAGACUCCCAUAAAAGAAGAGCAUGACACUCAGCGUGACUUCUCGCCAUCGCCUACCCGCCGGUUGGGGACCCCUGCCCCCAAGAAUAUAAAAUUCGAAAUCUUGGAUUCGGAUGCGGAGGACGAAGAAGAUGAGGAAUCCCAAGUUGUGGCGGACACCCCGCCAGGAACUAUCCCUGGCUAUGAAGGUCUCACGAAUGAAGGAGACACGGUUGAAAACACAGCUAGGACGACAGAGCAGGACGAUGAUCGCUCAACGGAUGAUACUACUAGACAAACAGAAGGGGACGCUGAGGAGGAGUCCGAACUUCCGGAAACAUUUUAUGGGGAUAUAGGAGCGGACACACAAUUCCAGGCUGAGCGGAUCAUGACUUCGUCGAGUUUAAGUGAAUUCCAAGAGAACGUUCCAUUCGGUGACGACGCGGCGGGAACUGUAUCUUACGGUAGUACCCAGUUACCACAAACCCAAUAUGCCAUUACCCAGCACACACAAACUCAAUAUUCUCAAAUCCACCGCACUGGAACUCAAUACACCCAAAAGCAGACCCAAUUUGGUAAAAGUCAAUAUCCUGAGAGCCAACGCCUCUCCACACAACAUCUGGAUGCCAUGGCACCGCGAUCGGAUUCUUCUGAUGUGUUCGUCUCUAUAUAUCCAACCCACGUGGAAAACAUAAUCUCCCGUGAGAAGAACCACGAGUUUCGUUCUUAUAGUUUUCCAGCUACUGUGUCCCGUAUUUGGAUUUACCAAAUCAGACCUCUAUCGACUCUUACUCAUAUGGCCGUUAUUGGCCCGCCCAAAGCACCUGGAGAGAUAACGAAUCUUGAUGGGCUUGGUAACAGUGAGUUCAAUAAGGGUGAGAAACGUUCCAAGUUUGCGUAUGAAAUCCUAGAACUAUAUGCGCUCGCAAAUCCGAUGACCUUGGAAGAAUUGAAGAGUCGACAAUGGUUCAAGGCUGCUCCACAGAAAUAUAAUAAGGUCCCACCCGCAGUCUUAGGAGAACUGAUUGCGAAUUUAUUACCACCUCUUUUCACACAAUCUUCUUCGGCUGUCGAUAAUAUACAUCCCGCAUCCACACUGCACAAGAAAUCAAGCACGAGCACUGAAUCUCAAGAGGUACAUGAUCAGAUCACGAAUAACAUUCAACAAUUCUCACACACGCAAGUGCCCUCUUCCUCGCCCCCUUCGUCGCCACCUUCUUCACCCCCAAUCGCAACGCAAACUCCUGUGAUUCACGUACCAUCUUCACAACGUCAGUUGGUGAGGCUAUCACAAGCUUCGACGGUUGAUUAUACACAAACCCAAACACCUGCUACUCCACAUCGUCUACGAAAUCGACGAAAGGAAACUCCUAUUCCAGAGAUAAUUCCGGAGUCACCGGCAAAAUCUAUUCCUUCUUCCUCGCGUGGUAGUAGUCCGGUGCAGAUAUUGACACCUAUUGUGCCGAGAAGAGGGGAGAGAAGGGUUAUUGAGAUUGAAAGUCAGAGUGAUGAUGAGGAUGACUUGGACGAGGAUAGUUUGCCUGUUGUAGCGACGAGGAGAGAGCGUGUGGUUAUUGAGAUUGAGAGCCAGAUCGAGGAUGAGAAUGAAAAUGAAUGUGAAAAAAACAAUGAAAGAAAAGACGGCCACGAUAUAGGAGAUGAAGAAAACGAAGACGAACGCAUUCCAGAUAACGACCCAAUAGAAGAAGAGGGUGAACAAGAGUCACACCACCCCUCUUCAACGCCCGCCCCUUACUCUCUGAUUCGUUCGUCACAACUCAUGUCCCGAAGCCAAAUGAUGCGCGAACAAGAUAGUUUGAUAGAUUGGGAGAUUGUGGGACCGCCACCGCCACCAACAGAUGUUGCUCCGAAAGCUGCUGUGCGAUGGGUAGAAAUGGAGUCAUCUUGUAUGCCAGUGCCUCCGGAUCCGGAUGAUGAUGAAUUGUGA